UGCCUCCUCCUCCUCCUCCUCCCCCCACUUCUUGCGCUUUCUCUCCUGCUCUCUUCGUUGGGUUCUAUUUCCUUCAAUUGUUUUCGCCUGCGGAAGUAUUCCCAGGUGUCGAGGUUCAGUUGGGUGCCCUGAUGUUGUUCUUAUCUGAGUUCUGUGACUCAUCGUUUUCCUAGGCCUCGCAUUUUUCUCUUUACCUAACGUCGCGCAUCUAGUUUGCUCGCUCGCCUUGCUUGGCGUUGAAUUACGGAACUAUGGUCACAUGCUAGAGCGUAAUGCUUAUAUAGAAGGCUAGAGACAAGCGGGUUACGUUGUCGUUCGGGACUGUUUGCGGGUAUUUUCUUUUGCAAUGUCGGAGGAAGAUGAUUCCACAUUAUUUUCGCCUCGGAUCCUCCACCCGAAGCUGGAGAAACUUACUUCCAUGAGUAAGUUUCACGUUGCUGGGAAGGGCGGCGACCCUGAAUCGCUGGCAACAUGGCGCAAGUACAGUCUUGCUCUUAACGCCACCCGCCGAUUUCGGUACACUGCUGAUUUAGAGAAACGGAGAGAGCUGCAAGAAGCCUUGGAGGAAAAACGGCGUAAAUUUCGCGCCGUUGGUGCCGCCGCCAAAGUUGCUACCAGAAUCAAUGGCAUGAUCAAGAAUCUGAAAUCAGGUGACAAUUCUGAGCGCACCGAAGCGAAGAAGACCAUUCAGGUGGAUGCGCAAGUGCUUGCAAGGCUGGUUGAAAAAAAAGAUGCUAGUGUGCUCCAUGAUUUGGGCGGCACCACGGGAUUGGCAAAGAAUCUUAAAACGUCCCUAAAAGAGGGACUCAGGAUGGACGAAAAUGACUUUAAUUGGCGACGUGAAGUCUUUGGAACGAACACUUUUCCAGAAAAGCCACCCAAAGGUUUCUGGACCUUUGUAUGGGAGGCCAUGCAGGACUUGACGCUCAUGAUUCUGGCUGUGUGUGUAGUCGUGUCGCUCAUCAUCGGAGUUAUAACUGAGGGAUGGGAGGAAGGGUGGUACGACGGCGCUGGAAUUGGAUUUAGUAUCUUGCUGGUGGUUUUUGUGACAGCCACUAGCGAUUAUCAGCAGUCGCUUCAAUUCAGAGAUCUCGAAUCCGAGAAGAAGAAAGUGUUCGUCGAAGUGGUGCGAAACGCGCGCCGCCAGAAAGUACUCAUCUUCGAGCUUUUAGUAGGCGACAUUGUGAAUUUGAGUACCGGCGAUCAAGUUCCAGCAGAUGGUUUGUAUAUCUCAGGAUGUUCCCUGUCCAUUGACGAGUCUAGUAUGACAGGAGAGAGUGAACCUCUGAAGGUCAACGAGGACAGUCCUUACCUUCUUUCGGGAACAAAAGUCCAGGACGGCAGUGGGCUGAUGCUUGUUACCGGGGUUGGCAUGAACACUGAAUGGGGUCAUCUCAUGGCCACGCUUAGCGAAGGUGGUGACGAUGAAACCCCUCUGCAGGUCAAACUCAACGGAGUGGCCACACUUAUCGGCAAAAUCGGUUUGAUGUUCGCAGUAGUAACCUUCUUAGUCCUCUUGGGGAGGUACUUGUUCAGCAAAGAAUCACUUUCAGAAUGGUCUGGCACGGAUGCUGUUACUAUUGUGAACUUCUUCGCCAUCGCGGUAACUAUUAUUGUUGUUGCUGUUCCCGAGGGACUUCCAUUGGCUGUUACGCUUACACUUGCAUUUGCAAUGAAGAAAAUGAUGAAUGACAAGGCUCUUGUGCGGCAUCUGUCAGCCUGUGAAACCAUGGGAUCGGCUACCACGAUCUGCAGUGACAAGACGGGGACUCUUACUACAAACAAGAUGACUGUUACUAAGGCGUGGGUCGCAGGUAGACUUCGUGAAGUGGGGAAUAUCCGAUCCGACCUUUCUCCUAACAUUUUUGAAAUCCUCCUGGAAGGAAUAUUUCGAAAUACAUGUGGUGAUAUUCAAGAGAAAAACGAUGGUUCGACCCCCAGUUUCCUCGGCACACCCACUGAAACUGCUAUUUUGGGAUUCGGUUUGGCUGUGGGCGGGAAGUUCAAAGAAUGCUGCAUUAAUGGUGAGAUGGUGAAAAUGGAGCCGUUCAAUUCCGUUCGCAAGACGAUGGGAGUUGUCGUGGACACUAAGGAUGGGAAAUUGCGAGCACACUGGAAGGGUGCGUCUGAAAUUGUACUGAAGCACUGUGACAAGACCAUUGAUGCUGAUGGAAAUAUUGUCCCGCUCAAUGAGGCGAAAGUGAAAGAAAUCAAAGGUAUCAUUCACACAUUUUCUGAUGAGGCCCUGCGGACGCUUUGUUUGGCCUUCAGGGAGGUUGACACUUGCCCUGGUCGGGAUGACCCUAUUCCAAACAAGGGUUUGAUCUUGAUGGCAAUUAUGGGAAUUAAGGACCCUGUGCGUCCCGGGGUGCGGGAAGCUGUGAAAUUGUGCUUUGCUGCAGGAAUUAAGGUGCGAAUGGUGACUGGCGAUAGUAUCAACACUGCCAAGGCUAUUGCUCGUGAAUGUGGGAUUCUUACCGAUGGAGAGGCGAUCGAGGGCCCAGCGUUUCGAGAUAUGAAUCCUGAAGAAAUAAGAAAGCUUAUUCCUUCUUUGCAGGUUAUGGCAAGGUCUUCACCUUCAGAUAAACACACGUUGGUGCGUGAGCUUCGUGCAUUGGGAGAAGUGGUGGCCGUGACAGGUGAUGGCACCAAUGAUGCUCCUGCUUUGCAUGAAUCUGACAUCGGAAUGGCGAUGGGCAUUGCGGGUACAGAGGUUGCUAAGGAAAGUGCAGAUGUGGUUAUACUGGACGAUAAUUUCUCUACCAUUGUCGUUGUGGCCAAGUGGGGUCGUUCUGUGUAUACAAACAUUCAAAAGUUUGUACAGUUCCAGCUUACUGUUAACCUGGUUGCUCUGGUCAUUAAUUUCAGUUCCGCUUGCAUUACAGGUACUGCGCCUCUUACCGCAGUUCAGCUCUUGUGGGUAAACCUGAUUAUGGACACCCUAGGGGCACUUGCUUUGGCUACUGAGCCUCCUAACGACGAGCUUAUGAUGAAACCUCCAGUUGGUCGGAACGGGAGCUUUAUAAGCAAUGUGAUGUGGCGUAACAUCUUUGGACAGGCUAUUUAUCAGUUGGCCGUUCUCUCGGUGCUGCAGUAUAGAGGAAAAGGGUUUUUCCACCUCGAGGGAGAAGACUCCACAAUCAUAUUGAACACAAUGAUUUUUAAUGCGUUUGUUUUCUGUCAGGUAUUCAACGAGAUCAACUCGCGAGAGAUGGGAAAGCUGAAUAUCUUCCGCCACACAUUCAACAACUGGGUGUUCAUUCUCGUCCUCACUUUCACAGUUGCCUUCCAAAUUGUCCUUGUGCAGUUCCUGGGGAAGUUUUCAGGCACAACCCCGUUAAACAAGGAACAAUGGAUGAUAACUGUGGGUAUUGGAUUUGUUAGCUUGUUCGUUGCUGUAAUUGUGAAGUUAAUUCCUUUGCCAAAAGCCCCCAUGUUUAGUAGCCCUCCAAGAGGCUAUCAACAAAUCCCCAGUGAGCCCGUGUGAUCUUUAUCACGCGUGAGUACCUGGAUGGUGGUGUCUGGUUGAUCGAAUCAUACUGAAUUAAUCCUUUACAGAGAUUGUGAAAGCAUAGAACGGCUUUGGGGAACAUAGAACAAAUAUUUACAUGGACAACAUAUCUUGGAGGGCUACUAAACAAAUAGUAGUCCUCCAAGAUAUGGCUUUCGCAAAUAGGACCCCGUUGUAAAGACGGUGAAAUGCUUUGCUGACUAGUUCACAUAAUGGAGUUCGAACUGAUCACUUUCAUUGAGCAGUUUUCCUACGGCUAGGGCAGUGACCAAUCCCUCAACACGCAUCAACACUUGAGAAAUCUCCUCGUGAACUAUUGAGCUUGUUGAACAUCCAGUUGGUGCGUAAUAUUUGCAAUGGACCCAAUAUUACCUGGCAACGAACAUGGUUUCACGUUA